CGCUGCUCCACCAUUUCGCUGCGCUAAGUCUCCUCCCAUGACCGCUACAUUCUGCGCCGACAGCCAGGCUCUCCCGGUCGGUAUUUUAACUUCUUCUCGCACACCGAGGGGUACCUCGUUGGGUACCGGGAGACAGUUUGGACCGCUGGCAUCACGGAUUGAGUGUGAUUUUACACGGAUGACGACUCCUUCAGCGAGAAUUUAGUAAAAGAAAACUGGUCGGAAAAUUCAGAACAUGUGGAGGGGAUCCUAAUUUCAGCAUCCUGGAAGUAGAAAGCACUGAAGAUCUGUGUCUCACACCACAGACAGGUGCAGCGUGUGGCCGGAGCAGCACCGAGGAAGGAAGCUGUGGGGAGGCGGCAGUGCUGCAGCGUGCCUCUCCGGCUGUGGAUGUGCUGGGUGGCAAGCCCCAGGCUGCACAGAAUGUGUCUGGGGAGUCACCUCGGCAUGUCCCGCAGCCGGCCGCUGCUGCCCCCCGCCCGGUCCCUCCAGUCCUCGCGCCAUUGCCAGAGAGCGGCCACUCAGUGUUCCUGGUCAUGGAGACCGCUCCCCCUACCGCCUUGCCAGAGACGCUCCCCAUUAGUGGUGAUGCUAAUGCCUACAUCUCACAGGAAGUCCGCUCAUCCCUCGCUGAGGACUUCAGGACCUCUAACAGUCCUUUUCUCGCCUCACAUGCACAAAAUGACAACGAGGUGCGAGUGUUGCGACACGACUUACAAACUGCUGCUAAAGAGACAAACCUCUCAAAUAGCGAGACACAUCAGAUUCAGCCGCAAACAGGCGCUGGACUUGAGGUUGUCACGGCGGCGCACGAGUGCAACCCUGAGAAUGGAACGAGCUUGGAGUUCCAGUCGUAUGCGGGUGGAACUAUUGUCCCACAAGCGCAAGUUCAGAUCUGUUUCACAGCCUCACCCUUCCCAGAUGCCGGGGAGCACGGAGCUAGUGAACAAUCGGAGCAAGCGAGCACUACCCAGGACUCCGAAGCACCUGUACCCGCAUCGUGGAACUGCAGUGAGCAAGUUCACCUGCCACAAGUCAUCAGUCAGCUCGUACAGGGUGCUGUUGACAUGUCUGAGCACGUUAAUGAGGCGGAUGACACGUCCGACAAAGCAGCACCACUCACAACAAAAACACUUGAGACUCUAAACACAGGAGAACUCCCAACUGGACCUGGAUCUGGUUCUCCUGCUCCAGCAUUGUUCCACGGGACUGCUCCCGGAGAAGACGCUGACAUCCAGACAGGCUGCCUGAGGGAGGAACAAAGUGAAAGGUCCUCCAAGGGCUCGGCACUCUGCCCGGCACUUGACUCGGACUUCGUUGUGUCCCUGCAGGCGGAGCAGGAGGAAGCAGAACCAUCUCAACCCUGCCAACAGAUCCCCUUAACAGAGACGCCCGUGAUCGCCGAGCUGGUGCAUUCUGCAGAAUCACAAGAGAUCGUGGUGGUGAGCGAAGCGUCGUGGUCAAACAUGCACCUGAAGCAGAGUUACCUCCUGCAGCACGCCGACGGCAGCGUGUGCGAGGCCGCCAUCGUCACCGGGCACGCGCCCGCCGAGGCGAAACUGUACGAGGACGGCGUUCAGGCCGACCUGGACCUCGAAUCCCAAAAUGUGGAAGUGUACCAGUUCUGUGGCCUGGUCGAAGAGGUUGCCGAGGAAACGGUGUGCGUCAGUACCAGUGUGCAGAUACCGCACUCCCCGGGGUACGAGGUCAAUUUGUUUAACGCUUUGUUAGAUUCCUCCGAGGGCCUGGAAUCCCACCUAGAACCUUCUAUUCACACUAUAGAUGACAGUGACACGGUCAUCAUUUCCCAGCAGGCCUUGCCUGCAUCGCACGAUGCAGGCCAAGCGCAGGUUUGCUCCAACAACAACGUCCACAACCUGUCAGUGGCUGCUGCCAUGGGACAGCAUCUGCUGUUAGACGCCAGCUCCAACCAGGUUUGCUUGGUGGAAGUGGACUCCUUCCCCAUCCAGCAGACGGACACUCCAACACGAGUCAUGAUGCCAUGUUCUCAUGUGAGUGAGGACAGACAGGAAGCAGAGGGACAGCCUGCUCCACCGUUGCCAGUGGACACUGCAAAAGGCAAGCGGACGGAACCGUGCGUCACGCCUGAGGCCCGCAUUUCCUCUCCUGCAGGAACCCAAGAGCCUCCAUCUGAGGAUCCAUCCCAGCAUGCCCAGCCAGAGGCUUUCAUCACUCACCCUGCAAGGAUUCUUGGUCCCAAACUGCUGCUCCUGCAACCAGGAUCAAGCUCUCUCCUGAAGCACCCACCCUCCCGUCUGGCACAGGUGACACAGGGGAAUGUGGACCCCAAUCCGGACGACGCGGCGUCUGAUGAGUGCCUUGCUGUUGCAUCUUCACCUGCGGCCGAGAGCAACCACGCACAUGGAACCAAGCCCUCCGUCAGUGAGGCCGCAGCGGCUUCACCAUGCGUUACCAGCUCUGCCGGCCAACCAGAGGCCUUACCUGUCACGAGUACUUCAAGCCCGAUCCCAACAUCUCACACCAGUGGCGACUCGCUCGCAGCACAGCAUGAGCAAAGUAGCGGUGUGCCACCUUCCUUCAGCGCUAACGACCCCACCAUGCAGCCCGACUCGCCCUUUGCGGAGGAGGAGGAGGAAGAAGAUGAGGAUGAGGAAGAGGAUGAGGAGGACGACGAAGCACCGGGGGACGCGGAGGCCAUGGACGACGCGUCGGGUCAGGUCAGCAGCGCAGACGAAGGCAGCGACGACGACGCAGACAGAGAGGAAGGAGAAAUGACAACUCCCUGCUCGUCACACAAACAUGGACAGAGCAGGACAGACAGACAGGCACUGUUCCGAAAGGUGAGGAAGUGGAUUGCAGACAGGGUCUCGCCCUCCACUUCCUCUUCCUCCUUUCUGGAACCCUCACCCAGCAGCGAUUGGACCACCUCUCGCCAUGAGAAGUCUUCGCCUCUCCGGGGGCCUCACGGCAAGUUCGUGUCUCCCUCAUCUUUAGGGGGUUACAGUUCCUCCUCGUCCCCGCCCGAUCACUCAACUCCUCAGCGACCUCGCGGAGAGCGACGUGGAGACAUGGUGGAGUUGGCCAAACACGAGGCAGACAUUGAGCACCGGACUCAGGCGCUGAAGCGUGAAGGCUGCUGGUCCACAAAGCGUCUCACCCGCCUGAUGGAACCGCCGCGGCCCAAAGUGCACUGGGACUACCUGUGCGAGGAGAUGCAGUGGCUGUCUGCUGACUUUGCCCAGGAGAGGCGCUGGAAGAGAGGCGUGGCUAGAAAGGUGGUCCGAAUGGUGAUGCGACACCACGAAGAAUUGAGGCAAAAAGAGGAAAAAGCCAAGCGAGACGAGCACGCUAAAAUCAGGAGGGUGGCUUCUUCUAUAGCCAAGGAAGUGCGGGCUUUUUGGAGCAGUGUGGAGAAGGUGGUGCAGUACAAGCAGCAGUCUCGGCUGGAGGAAAAGCGGAAGAAGGCUUUGGAUCUUCAGCUGGACUUCAUUGUCGGACAGACGGAGAAGUACUCGGACCUCCUCAGCAAAUCCCUCGCUCCCACCAGCCGCCCCGAAGCGGUCCCGUCGCCUUCCAAAACAUCUGCGCCCUCUGCUAUUGAUGAAGAUGACAGAGACUUUGAGCCUCCGUGCGAGGAGGACGACGACGAAGAGACCAUCGAGGUGGAGGAGCAGCAGGAUGGGAAUGACGCCGAGAGCCACCGCAGGGAGAUUGAACUGCUGAAAGAAGAGAGCAUGCUGCCUCUGGACCAGCUGCUCAGUACGCUACAACAGCCUCAGAACUCCGCAUCGGACGAAGAAUGCUCAGAUGACUCCUCAUCAGCAAGGCAAGAAGAAGAAGAUGGUGAAUUCACUGCCAAUGAAGAGGAUGCUGAGGAUGAGGAGGACACCAUUGCCGCCCAGGAGAAGGUGGAGGGAGAUGUGGAUCAUGCAGAAGAACUGGAUGACUUAGCCAAAGAGGGAGAUAUGACCAUGGAGGAGCUCCUGGAGAAGUACAAAGGUGCGUACACCUCGGACUUUGAGGAGCCCUCUGCCUCGGGCUCCAAGGCAAGCUCCGAUUCGGAGGUGUACGGCGAUGAGGAGGUGGAGACGGAAGAUGAUGAGAGCAAUGUGGAAUGCAACACUUCCUCCUCAGACUCUACAGGAGAGAGCGAAGAGGAGGAGGAGGAAGAGGAGGAGGACAGUGAGAAGGAUGAGGAGAGCGAGGAAGAGGAGGAUGACUGUGCAGAUGAAGGGAUGGAGCUCUUGCUCAAGGAGGGAGAUCACAGCCCGUCGUCAUCUAGCUCGCGACCGAAGAAGGAGAUCAGCCACAUCGCAGCGACGGCAGAGAGCCUGCAGCCUAAAGGCUACACGUUGGCCACCACCAAGGUCAAGACCCCCAUCCCCUUCCUGCUUCACGGCACAUUGCGUGAGUACCAACACAUUGGACUGGACUGGUUGGUCACCAUGUUUGAGAAGAAGCUGAAUGGGAUCCUGGCUGACGAGAUGGGUCUGGGAAAGACCAUACAGACCAUUGCGCUCCUGGCUCACCUCGCCUGUGAAAAAGGUAACUGGGGGCCUCACCUCAUCAUCGUGCCCACCAGUGUGAUGUUGAACUGGGAGAUGGAGCUGAAGCGCUGGUGUCCUGGCUUCAAAAUCCUCACCUACUUUGGCAGUCAAAAGGAGCGGAAGCUGAAAAGACAGGGUUGGACCAAGCCCAACGCUUUCCACGUUUGCAUCACCUCGUACAAGUUGGUACUGCAGGAUCACCAGGCCUUCCGUCGCAAGUCUUGGCGCUACUUGAUCCUUGAUGAGGCACAAAACAUCAAGAACUUUAAGUCGCAACGCUGGCAGAGUCUGCUCAACUUCAACAGUCACAGACGUCUGCUGCUGACAGGAACUCCUCUGCAGAACAGCCUGAUGGAGCUGUGGUCUCUGAUGCACUUCCUGAUGCCGCACGUCUUCCAGUCCCACCGCGAGUUCAAGGAGUGGUUCUCCAACCCACUGACAGGGAUGAUCGAGGGAAGCCAGGAGUACAAUGAGGGCCUGGUGAAGAGGCUGCACAAGGUGCUCAGGCCCUUCCUGCUCAGGAGGAUCAAGGCCGACGUGGAGAAGCAGAUGCCCAAGAAGUACGAGCACGUGGUGCGCUGUCGCCUCUCCAAGAGGCAACGCUUUCUCUAUGACGACUUCAUGGCACAGGCCUCGACCAAGGAGACCCUGGCCAGCGGUCACUUCAUGUCCGUCAUUAACAUCCUCAUGCAGCUUCGCAAGGUGUGCAACCACCCCAACCUGUUUGACCCUCGACCCAUCCAGUCACCCUUCAUCACCAAGCCCAUUGUUUUCCGUACUGCCUCCCUGGUGCUGGAUGCCAUGGAGGUGCCUCCUCUGAAGCGCUGCGACCUUUCUAUAUUUGACCUCAUUGGUUUGGAGGGCCGCGUGACUCGGUACCAGGCGGACAUCUUUGCUUCAAAUCACAAAGUUGGUCGCCAGCUAAUCCAGGAGAUAGUCGAAUCUCCCGCACCAGCGCCAAGACUCAAACAGAUCCGCAUGAAGGUCAACAGGUUCUUCCACCCGCCUCCCAAAGGCGACAACCGUUCAGCCGUGCCAACAAACAAACCCACCUCUGUGCCGCCUGCAGCUCAGACGCACAAACCUCCGACCCCUGAGGCCUCUGCACCGCCUCUGUCUGCACCGCCGCCUGCCGCUGUUCCUGCGCCUGCACCCGCAGUUCAACAAGUCAUAUGUUCGGUGGCAACCACUCCCCCUCCUCGCUCCUCCCUGCCUCCUGGUGCCCAAACAGCGGUGAGAUCCAGCGCUCCCAAGCCGGUACUUACUGUGCGUCCUCCCCCUGCUCCAUGCACCGCCAGCAUACCCGCUCACCCGAGCCCGAACACCAGCAGCAUCAUGCCUCAGAGGGUUCUGCUCAGUCCAGAUAUGCAAGCAAGACUGCCCUCUGGCGAGGUAGUGAGCAUAGCGCAACUCGCCUCCCUGGCAGGAAGACCGGUGUCGUCGUGUCAGGGCAGCAAACCGGUCACCUUUCAACUGCAGGGCAAUAAGUUGACCCUCUCUGGAGCGCCGAUCCACCAAGUCCAAGCACCAUCCCCUCGCCCCAUUCAGGGCAACGUGAUGCACCUCGUGUCCAGCGGGGGGCAGCAUCACCUCAUCAGCCAGUCCGCUCAGGUGAGCGUCCAGAGCCCCGCUAGUGUCAAGCCUGCGCCUGCGACCAACCCUGCACACCGCCUGCCCCUCAGUCCUUCCUCUCAAGUGCCCUCCUCGUCCGUGGUGAGCAGCCCCGGCGUGGUGAAGAUCGUUGUGCGUCAGGCACCAGGCAAGGAGGGGGGGCCCGUGCCCACCCUAGCCGUGGCCCCGUCACCUCGUGUGACUUCCCCUCACCCCUACCCAAACACAGCCCCUAUCCGAAUUGCGGCAAUGCAGCAAGUCGCACAGCGCACCCCCGGUCCUGCCACCGCCACCUACACUCUAGCUCCUCCCAGAACCUCCAGCACCACCCCAAACCAGUCCCAGCCCCUGCCUCCCAUUCUGAAAAUAGUCCAGCCUCCCCCACCCUGCACAGAGAAGCCAGCGGCGUCCUCUGCUCCAGCAGAGGCGACUUCGUCUUCUGCGUCCAAGCCAGCGGCCCAUGACGGGACCAGCACCAACACCAACACCAGUGCAACCAACACUACCACUACCACAGCAGCACCCACCUCCAAUACCAGUCAGACUCCAGUUGGUACAAAGGCCAAAGCCAGUGCUGCUGCAAAAGUUCACCCUCUCCCCAGGAAAGCACCUCGACCACCUCCUUGCUCUCCUUUCUACAUUCCAUCGCUGGCACACGCCCUCAGGCAGCAGCGUAAUGACAAACUGGACUUCAUCUUUAGCGUCAACGAGCGCCGCUGUGCUGCAACGCCUGUGUACGGCAAGGAGGUUCUGGACUUCCUGACGUUUCUCCCAGGGGCUCGGCCCUCGCCAGCCUCCCUGUGCCCCGCUGAGGCCGAAUGGGGUCGUUCGGGCCACAGCAGCUGUUUGCAGUCACAGCAAGGACACGAGUGCGACUUCUGGAGUCACAGUCACUAUGUAGGACACGCCAUCCACAGCAUCGAGGAGAGGCUGGAGCUGCUUACUGAUAUCGUGGACCGGUUUACAUUUGUGAUUCCGCCAGUGGAGGCCGCUUGCAUCACCAUGCACUGCUGCCAUCCUCCUCCCUCUCUGGGCCACAAGGAGGCGAUGUUCUCCUCUGCGCUGUCAGAACAAGUCACUCCGCUCACUCGUAGCCUCCAUCGCAUCCAGUGCAACAUGCGGACCCAGUUCCCCGACCUGAGGCUCAUCCAGUAUGAUUGUGGGAAGCUGCAGACGCUUCACUUGUUGUUGCGGAAUCUGAAGACGGGGGGCCACAGGGUGCUGAUCUUCACCCAGAUGACUCGCAUGCUGGACGUCCUGGAGCAGUUCCUCAAUUACCACGGACACAUCUACCUGCGGCUGGACGGCAGUACCCGAGUGGAGCAGAGACAGGCCCUCAUGGAGCGCUUCAACGCCGAUCGCCGGAUCUUCUGCUUCAUUCUGUCGACGCGCAGCGGAGGUGUGGGCGUGAACCUGACUGGUGCGGACACGGUCGUGUUCUACGACAGUGACUGGAACCCAACCAUGGACGCUCAGGCCCAGGACCGGUGCCACCGCAUCGGCCAGACUCGAGACGUCCACAUCUACAGGCUGAUCAGUGAGCGCACCGUGGAGGAGAACAUUCUGAAGAAAGCCAACCAGAAGAGAAUGCUGGGAGACAUGGCCAUUGAAGGAGGAAACUUCACCACUGCCUUCUUCAAACAGCAAACUAUCCGUGAGCUGUUUGACGUCAACGAUGGUGAGAAGAGGGAGGUAGCAGUGGAGGUGUCGGUGCCUCACGCUGAGGAUGAGGAAGCUGGCAACAAACAGAGCACCACCAUUCUGGAGCAGGCGCUCUGUCGUGCUGAGGAUGAGGAGGACAUCGUUGCUGCCUCUCAGGCCAAAGCUGAGCAGGUGGCAGAGCUGGCGGAGUUCAAUGAGAACAUUCCGCUGGACGACGGAGGGGAACAGGAAGACGUGGAGGAGCUCUCCAAGGCGGAGCAAGAAAUAGCUGCUCUAGUGGAGCAGCUCACUCCCAUUGAGCGCUAUGCCAUGAACUUCCUGGAAGCCUCCUUAGAAGAUGUUUGCAAAGAAGAGUUGAAACAAGCUGAGGAACAAGUGGAGGCUGCCAGAAAGGGUCUGGACCAGGCCAAGGAGGAGGGCCUCAGACUACAUGCAUCCUCUGAUGAAGAUGAGUUUUUGUCGACUCCGGCCUCUGUGGAGCAAGCUCAGCCUGCUCCUGCGCGGCGUGGCCGCAAGCCCAAGGACAAGGACAAAGUCAAGACUGUCACCUCUACAAGGACCAGCGGUCGUCUGCGUGGGGCCUCUCCUGAAACCGAGCCCGCAAUGUACAGAGAAGUGCCUGAAAGAGUCCGCGCUGGUCUUAGAGGACGCAGUUCCGCCAAAGACUCUAAUACCCCGUCCCGCACAGACCCUUCAAAGACCCUGACAGCCAGGCUCCAGGACUCCUCCAAAUCUUCAAAAGCCUCAUCUCCUGCUAGAGAUCAUCAGGCCAGUAAAAACAAGCCUCAAGCCAGUUCAGUGCCUUCCUCGCCGCAGAGUGUGUCUGAGACCCCUAGAAGAGGGAAAGAGGAGAACCUGAAGGAAAGCAGGUUAUCAGAGACAUCGCUGGAGCCCGUACGCCAAGUGGAGCAUGAAGCAAAAGAUGAUGUCGGCAAAGACCAAAGCGCUAUGUCUCCGCCCUCCACCAGCUGUCGCUCACCACGCAAGCGCCAGUCCGCUGAUGACGAAGUCCUGCGGGGCCUGGUGGAUGAUUCGCCAUCGGCCAAAGUACUGCGCAAGCUUCCGGGUCGGCUGGUCACCGUGGUGGAAGAGAAAGAGCCGAGGAAGAGGAGGUGGCGAGGAAGCAGUACUGGGGGUUCUUCAGAAGAGGCCUCACUGGAGGAGAACACAAGUGGACCUGUAGAGGAACCAAAUAAAGACACCCCAUCUUCGGUUCCUGACAGUAGUAGCUCUAAAGACACUUUGACCAAAUCCCCUCAGGACCAAGACUCCACACAGAGUCCACCUGUGCACCUUCAGCCUGUCAGAGCUUAUCCUCCAUACUCUCCUCCCCAUCUGUCUCCUGACAUGCCCGUGCUGAGGAACCUUCCCGUACGCCGCAGGCUGGAAACGGAAUCUCGCAUGGCGGCUCAGCUGGGAGAGCUGCUGCAUGCGGGUCGAGGAAGAGGCACCUACAAAAAAACGGACUCUUCUCCGAGCAAAGAAACCACUUCUCCCGAAGCUGGUGUCAAUUCCCAUGCGACGCCUUUGAAAAGAAAGAGGGGCCGGCCCCCUAAAUGUCCCCCCAAGUUGCCUGACCUAAACAACAUGGCGUCUCCUCCCCCCUCACAACCAGUCUCACCCUGUGAAGAUGGGGGCGCCCCCCUUUCCCCAAAACGUAAGCGGGGUCGUCCCCGCAAAGACUCAGUAAGUUCUCCAGACUUUGUCUGUGACGGACAGAAAAACGUUCCACCCACUGCCAUUGUGUCCAGUGGAUCCAGACUGGAUGCUAGUGAAGAUCUAAGUGUCCCACUGGACCAGAAGUCAGAGGACACUGAUCAGGAGUUCCUGUCUACCAAAGCGGAAGAAAUGGAUUCCAAGACUGAAGAGUCUGCACCGCCAAUAACAAGGCAAACUCCAGCCCAAGCACCCACUGAGCCAGAAGCCCAGCAGGCCUCCAUCGCAUCCCCAGACUCCGUCACCAAGCCUGAUCCUGCUGCAGAGCCCACACCAAACCAGGUCUCUACUCCAAGUCAAUCACCACCUGCCAGCCCCGUCUUGUCGCCUCCUCCAGCGUUCGACCUCUCUGGACCUUCUGACGCACCAUCUGAGCCAGAUCCAUCAGACGCUGCCAAAACCGCCGCCUGUGCCCCUCCAGUUGCUACCACUCCACCACCACCCAAGCCACCCGCCAUGAUGGUGGAAGCAGCACCAACGUCAGAACCUGACGCCUCUGUCCCAUCGAGCCAAGUGGAGGCAGGACCUGCUGCUGAGAAGGAGUCACUUCAGUCCUCUGUUCCACCAGCCAACACUACAGACACCCCCACCUUCACCCACCCUGUAGCCACCUCAUCAAGUCCGAUGGAAGGUUCGUCUCAACAGACAGAACCAAACUGCACGUCUCCUCCAAAUACUGAGCCAGUGUGUCCAGAACAGUCCAACACAAGCCAACCAGCAGCCUCUGCUGUAGAUGCAUGCCCACCUGUGGAGGCACCAACAUCUCCACUUUCUAACAUGCCCACUCCAACAUCUGCUCCACCUUCUCCACCCUUCCCUCCCCCACCAGCAGAAACACACCGAAGCGAUGCAGCAACGACAUCACUCGCAGCCUCCACGACAUCAUGUGCCCCGUGUGAUGAGAACACUUCUUCUACUUCACCAGACAAGAUGGACGCUACACCACAUAGACCUACACCUUCCACAGACCGAACCACAACCACGGCCCCCCCAGAAUCAGUGCCACCAUCAGCAAUCUCCACCGCUGCCACGACAACACUUGCUCCUCAAACAUCUUCUGUCAUCUCAUCACAAUCGCAAACAUAUGCUGCUGCUUCCAAGACGACCCCUCCUCCUAGUACUGAACCCGAUCCAGUCUGGUCUAAGAGGGAGCGGGACCAGACAGCCUUGACGGAAGCAGACAAUGUGGAGGCUGAGGACAACACGCAGCAGGACAUCUUGGUGUCACAGAGCAAAAGAAGGAAGGUGGCGAGCUCUCCUGAGGCCAAAGACGCGGAGAAAGAAGGCGAAGUGGUUGAGGGAGACAAAGGCAACUCCCCCCAGGAGGAGGAGGUGGCACCGGAGGAGGUCAAGCGAACGAGCGAGGAGCACAAGACACCCACUCAGAAAAGGUCUUUCAGUCGUCAGAGUAGCCAGGACUCCACACGCUCGUCAUCGCCCUCCUCUGGCUGCUCCACGUCCACCUUGACGAGGCACGCUCACCACAAGAGGACGUACGAGAACAGACAUCCCAGCAAGAGGCAGCGGGUCGACGUCACCUCGGAGGCGGGGCCGGGCGACAAAGAGGAAGAGGAGACGUCCCCUCAGAGGAGACGCACCAGGUCUUUCUCGUCGUCCUGCGACUCUGAAGACGAGGGUGGCAGGAAGGAGCACCGCCUAACUUGCUCUGCCAAGUGCCAGCCGCAGGACCAGAACCAGGACCAGAGCCGCAAGCGAGAGGGAAGGAAGCCUGCCCGCGGCUCCGACAGCAACGCCAACACGUCCACCGGGGGCGACUCUGGCAGCGACUCAUCUUCAGUCAGGGUCACCAGGAGGUCAGUGGGGUCUUCUCAAGACAAGAAGUUGCCCCCCAGCAGUGCAGCUUCGCGCCCCCCCGAGCCGGAGGUCCUGGGGAAGAGGUGCUCUGCCCUCAAUGCAGCGGCCAAGCUUCUCGCUAUGAAAGGAAGGGUGGACACUCCCGGCCACACCCCGCGCAAGGAUUCCAAAGCAGGCGGGAAGGGCCCUGCUGCGUCCCCUGACCAAAAGAACCAAAAGUCCAAAAGUAAAACUGUCCUCGUCCCUCCUCAGAGCAACUCUGGAAAUGUUGCUAACAGUAAAAGUGGCAGCAAACCAACGUCCAAUCAAGCCAGUCGGCCCGCAUCCCGCUCCACCAGACAGUGCCCAGGUUCUCUCGUGCCCCCCCUGGAGGAGUACAAGAGGCCUAAACCUGAGGAAAAGGAAGGCGGGAGUCGUAAGGCAGCGAAGGGGAAGGAAGGUGGGGGGGAGGCGUCCCGAGGUCCAAGUGCCUGCAGUAGCAUGAGCAGUGACGGCGAGGCGGACGGCGGGCGGCCCCCCAGCAGCCGAAGUCGCAGCAGCAGCGCCAGCAGCCGGCGGGCACACAGCGCCAGCUCUCAGAACACCGAGCGCAAGGGGGCGCGCUCCCGGGCCGCGUCCUCGGGCAGCGACCGCAGCGCUGAGCGGGUGAGGAAGGACAAGCAGGCCCGUCGGAGGGGGAGCCAGGGGGAGCGCAGGUCCCUAAAGCUCUCCCAGGACACUACGGCCAGUUUGGGGGCAGAGGGGACACCGGACAGGGUGCUGAGGAGCGUGGCGGCGCUAGCGGCGGUGCAGGCGAGGUCGCCGGCGGCGAGUACGCGCUCCUCAGCCAACCAACAACGCCACAACAAGACAUGAGUGCCAACUGCUCAGCAACGUCAACGAGCACGUCUUGUCUGCACUCUACAUCUCCUCCAGGACGCCAGUGUUGCACAAGCCAGGGACCUCCCGGUGCCUUGGGCCCCCUCCCUCUUUACAAAUGAAGCCGGCGGGGGGGCGGCUCAGGGGUGCCGGACUGACUGGAAGGGUGGCGUGGGCGUAGUUUGGCCACUUGAGGGCAGGCUGGUCACUCAGGGAAGGAGUGAGCAGCUUGAAAGGUUUGAUGAAGAGCGACCUCUGCUGGAGCUGCUUUGCUUUCUCUUCAGUGAAUUCACGUGAGAGCCACACUUGUCCUUCUCAUUUGCACAUUUCCUUCUCCACUUUCCUGACAUCAACUUUAGCCACUUGAUGCGUCAGGUGGUCUCUACAGGUCAAAGGUGUUGAUGAUGUCACCUCAUCACUGUAGUGGCUCCGAGGCAGUUACUGUUGUGUAUUUAUAGUGUGCGAGUGCCUCUCGGGCCUUCUAAAGGGUUCUGACCCGAGCUUGCCUUGUGAAGCACUUGAUGCUGGAGUGUUGAGCUUCACUCUCGUCAAGAAGAGCCAAAAAAAAAAAAAAAGAAAGCAAGAAAUAGAAGAAAAA